CAUUAACAUUUCCAUUCCUCACCAUCACUUGCCAAAGAAUCUCUCUUCUACCCUCUCUUUCUCCAAGUGCCUGUGAGUGAGACACAGUAGCUCCAAAAAAUGGGUGACAUCUUUGUCUCCAAUGGCAAUGAAGUGAACGGAAAGAUCCACUCACCCCCCAAUGGAUACAGGAAGAGCUGCUGGUAUGAAGAAGAGAUUGAAGAGAACUUACGGUGGUGCUUUGCCCUCAAUAGUAUAUUGCAUACCGGAGCUACCCCAUACCAGGACAUUGCACUCUUGGACACAAAGCCUUUCGGAAAGGCUUUGGUGAUUGAUGGGAAGCUGCAGAGUGCAGAGAUCGAUGAGUUCAUCUACCACGAGUGCCUCGUCCACCCGUCACUCCUUUAUCACCCAAACCCGAAGAGGGUAUUCAUCAUGGGAGGAGGUGAAGGUUCCACUGCCAGAGAGAUUCUCAGGCACAAUACAGUAGAAAAGGUGUUCAUGUGUGACAUUGACGAGGAGGUGGUGGAGUUCUGCAGGUCAUAUCUAGUGGUGAACAAGGAGGCGUUCUGUGACCCAAGACUCGAUCUCAUCAUCAAUGAUGCGAGGGCUGAGCUAGAAAGCCGGGACGAACACUUCGAUGUGAUCAUUGGUGACCUUGCAGACCCCAUAGAAGGAGGCCCCUGCUACAAACUCUACACCAAGUCCUUCUACGAGUGCAUAGUGAAACCUAGGCUCGCUCAAGGUGGCAUAUUCGUCACGCAGGCCGGACCAGCUGGAAUUUUCAGCCACACUGAAGUGUUCUCUUGCAUAUACAACACCUUAAAACAAGUUUUCAAGUAUGUCGUUCCCUAUUCAGCUCAUAUUCCGUCGUAUGCUGACACUUGGGGAUGGGUCAUGGCGUCGGACUCACCCUUUUCCCUGACCGCCGAAGAGCUAGACCUCAGAACAAAACAGAGGAUCCAAGGAGAAAACAGAUAUCUCGAUGGCAAAACAUUCACCUCGGUCUCUACCCUAAGCAAAGCAGUCAGGCACUCACUGGACAACGAGACUCAUGUCUACACGGAGGGAACAGCAAGGUUCAUAUACGGCUAUGGAAGUGCAAACAAACACGAUCAAGACUGAGAAAACGGGAGAAACAGACGAAGGGAGCCCCCCAUAGGAAGAACAAAGACAAAAAGAGAUUGCAAGUGAAACACAACCAUCUUCUUCUUUGCCUUUCUUUUUAUUUUCCCUUUUUCUUUUUCGAGUUGAACUGAAUUUAUCCUUUUCUACAUCUUUCUAUCCUUAUCAUUAUGUACCUAAACUAAACUUGGAGGUUCGUAUAACCUAUUCCGUCGGGCUAUCAUACUUUGUCUAUCUUAUAGAUGUUAUGUAAAAUAGCCUUAAUACAUCCCGUUUGGAGAGCGUAUAAGUCUAAA